AUGCCUAUCGACCACGAAGCAGUCGAGACAAGGGUCUACGACCUCCUCGACGGACAACAGCCAAGCUUUGACAACACCAACGAACUCGAAGAGGCGCAAGCUUUCGUCAAGGCCGAGCUCAUCAAGAACAAAUCAAUUCCAUUCAAGUACUGGUUUGAGCAGCCUUGUCCCUCACAUCGCAAUACUGAGGGCCAGACUCCGCCUUGCGUGACUCUUCGGCGCGGCCUUCAUGACUUUAUGAUGGAGACGAGUCCGGAGUAUGCAGCCCGGAAAGAAUUGAUGCUCGACCUCGGAAUAGGAUUUGUGGCUACGGGAGGAAGCUCGGCAUCUCAGUGCCUUCGGAUCGGACACAUGAGUGCUGGCGAAGUGCCGGCGCGUGCGUGGGCUGUGGAGAGUUUUGUUAAGACAGUCCCAUCCGGCAACACGGCAUCUGAUGAAACCUUCCAGAAAACCACCACCUGGUUCCGUGAAUGUCAUGAUACACAUACGAACUGUGCAGUCGGAGAGGCACCAGAGAUGCCCGAGCGGGUUCUCGACAUUGCUGCUGCAGGUAUUGCAUCCGGUGUCAAGGUGGUACACACAAAUGGUACAAAGGCGAGAUAUGCUUGUCUGAGCCAUCGUUGGGGAACGGAUACUACGCGGGCUCUGAAGCAGAACAUUGCUUCUUUGUGCGACGAAGUACCGUGGGACUAUCUCUCGCCUACAUACCAAGAUUCGAUUACGUUCUUGAGAAAGUUUUCGAAAUGGCAUCAACAAGAGUACGGCGAGGAGAUACGGUAUAUAUGGAUCGACAGCUUGUGCAUCAUACAAGACUCCAAGAGCGACUGGAAGAAACACUCGCUCAAAAUGAGCGACAUCUAUUCCAACUCAUCCAUUACCCUGGUCGAGAGUCACGGGCUUCACACAGAUAAAAGACUCUUCCAGGAUUCUUCUUCGAGGAGUGCCUCAAAGCGUGUCUCAGUCCGAGACGCGCACGGCAACGACCACGAUUUGCACUACCGACACACACUUUAUCAUCCCACCUUUAUGGUCACAGAUGACAACAUGCCCGUCUGGAAGAGAGCGUGGGUCUUCCAAGAGCGCCUCUUAUCACGCCGCCUCCUCAUUUUCGGACCCGACGAGCUCUCAUGGCAAUGCACCACCCACCACAAAUGCGAAUGCGGCCUCGACGAGCUCGAAACACAAAGCCGUAACCUCAUGAGAGACUGGGGCGACGAUAUCCACAUUCCGCUAUCCUCUGCAACCAGCAGACGAGACAUGCACCAGACGCUGGGCGAUAACCCAUCUCACAAGCAACUGCGACAGGCAUGGAGGCUCGUGGUGGAGGCAUAUUCUCGACUUGACUACACAUAUCGCAGCGAUACUUUGUUUGCGAUAGCUGGCCUUGCGAAGAACUUCAACGCAAGAAUGGGCGGCAAAAACUACUUUGCAGGGAUCUGGUACGACGAGCUGAAAGACAGUCAAGCUACGGGAGACUGGAAGUCUCAAGCCGAAACAGCCCUGGAUCUGCUGUGGCGGCUCGCCUACUUUAAAGACGCUCGGAGAAAAAAUCUCCCUGAGCCCGCUGUUCCAAUAUCAUGGAGCUGGGCAUUCCCCGAGUGCCCAAUUGUCUACCCAUUUUCCAACGACGAAGUGCUAAACCAGUAUUCCCUGGUAGCAUCCAUACGCGGCGCACACAACGUCCCCAAACUCCCCGACGAUCACGAUAAACCAAGGGAAUGGGUCAAGGACGACAUGUACACAGAAGUGCCCCCCUCGGCCAUUGUCCUCGCAGGUCCUCUCUGGAAGACGCAGCUUGCGGCGGCGCCGUUUUCGUUUACAAUUAAGGAUACCGAGUAUUCAGAGUACACUUACUUUCUGGGCGCCAUGUCGGCCGAGGUCUUCCAGGAAAGUGCCGUCGGGAGAGCGAUUCAGCAGAGAAGAAUCCUCGCGCUGCCACCUAAAGAUGGAGACGAGAGCGCUGAGUCUGCAAUGAAAAAGAUGCCGCCGCUUGUGUUUUACCCGGAUAGCAUGAAUACUGUGAUUACUGAAUCGCUGUAUUGUCUUCCCAUGGCGAGCUUUAAACGCUUGCCGAUCAAGACGACGGUGAAGGAAAAGGUGGUGUUUGCCGCGCUGGUGCUGGAGCCGGUGGGACACAAGGCGAAAGCAGAGGGUUCUGAGCCCGAUCUGUCGCGUAUAGAUCCUUCGGAUUUGGUCUUUCGGAGGGUGGGACUGGCGUAUACGGCGGAUGGGGGCUGGGGGGGUGAGCAUGACAAGAUGUUGGAGGCGAUGCCUCGUAAUAUCGUCUAUUUAGUCCAGUGA